CCAACGACGGAGGGCAAAGGAGGGGCAUUUAGGGCCAGGACGCCCCCCUUUCGGGCAGCGGCGACACUCCGAGCUCAACAGGGGACGCACGCCUAGAAUUUUUUCAUCAUUUUGCAGUUUAUCUCUCGCUACAAUUUCCUGACCACCUGCCACCCCUGACCGAGCCAUGGACAGGGAGCUGAAUCUGAAUCGGGCCGAGACGUUUUCCUUCAUCAACCCGUGGAUACGAUACUUCCUUUUCUUUUUUAGUUUCUUAUUCUGGGUGUUCUCCCUGUUGAUCGUGGCAAUAGGAGUGUACGCCAAAGUCCAGAAAGCCACAGAUGCGGUGCGGGACACGUUCCUCGUUGACCCGGCCAUCAUUCUGAUUGUUGUGGGCGUGGUCAUGUUCUUCAUCACCUUCUGCGGUUGCAUCGGAGCUCUGCGGGAGAACAUUCGGCUCCUGAAGACGUUCUCCCUGAGCCUCACGCUGGUGUUCCUGACACAGCUGGCCAUCGCAGUGCUCGGCUUCUUCUACUCCGACCAGACACGAGAUGCUCUCGGGAACUUUAUGAAGAAGGCCAUUGUGCACUACAGGGAUGACCUGGACCUGCAGAACUUGAUGGACUACAUCCAGAAAGAGUUUAAGUGCUGUGGGUGGAACAACUACACAGACUGGUCCUGGAACCUCUACUUCAACUGCAGCCAGGAAAACCCCAGCACUGAGAGGUGCGGUGUCCCGUACUCCUGCUGCACCCCUGUACCUGGAGAGGUUGUCAUCAACACCAUGUGUGGAUUCAGGGUCCAGACCCAGAAGUACCUGGAGGCCACAAAGUCCAUUUACACAGUGGGGUGUGCGGACAAAGCUGCCAUGUGGAUCGAGUCUCACCUCCUGCUGGUCGGUGCCUUGGCCCUGGGCCUCGCCUUACCACAGAUCGCAGGCAUCAUCCUGUCCCAGAUCCUCAUCUCACAGAUCGAGGACGAGAUCAACUCAGUGCUGUGAGACUCUGCAUCCCGACUCUGACAGAAGGGGCUGAAUCGGGAACCACUCCAGCGUACGAGAGCCGCACUCCUGAUGCCCCCCAUCCUCAUAUCCUUAACAUAUGAAUGGGUCUCCAGCAGGCGGUGCGAGGCCCGCUCUUCCCCGGCCCUCAGCGAUGCCAUGAGGAAGUGCAGGUUAUUGAAGAGCAGCACAUGGUCACCUGAAACAGUUCUCGCCACCAGUCCUUCACAGCGACCCCUGAGCAGUACACACACCCCCACCUAUUCGUACAGGUACGUAUCGUACUCCAGAUCUGUAUUUCAU